CCGCCUCCAGAGUUUUCCUUCCGGAAACAGACCUGAAGCAGGUAGCGUUGAGAUAUCAGCAGCUCCACACGGUUCAUGGUUGGUGUUAGCGGCAGUUACCUCUGACUUUUAGAGAAUUCCGGCCCGAUUCGGGCCCCGCUGAAGUUGUUUGGGCCCCGUGUGUUCCUUUUUCUUUACCCGUUUGGCGGCUAACAUCAUGGCGGCCACGGAUCCCCGGUUUUCGAGUAACGGCGGGCCGGCCAGUACAGGAGGAUUCCAGGCGGGGGAGAGCAGCAGUGACCGCGACGGCCCAGGCGGCAGCAGCGGCGGCAGCAGCGGAGAAAGCGAGCGGGAUCGGGCUACCUUCGAGUGUAACAUUUGUUUGGACACUGCCAGGGACGCGGUCAUCAGUAUGUGCGGCCACUUGUUCUGCUGGUCCUGCCUUCAUCAAUGGUUGGAGACACGACCCAGCAGGCAACAGUGUCCUGUCUGCAAGGCAGGCAUCAGCAGAGAGAAAGUCAUCCCGUUGUACGGCAGAGGGAGCUCCAGCCAGGAGGACCCCAGGCUGAGAACUCCUCCUCGGCCUCAGGGGCAAAGAGCAGAGCCUGAAAGCAGAGGAGGGAUGUUCCCUGGUUUUGGGGAAACGGGCUUUCACAUGUCUUUUGGGAUCGGUGCGUUCCCUUUCGGCUUUUUCACCACCGUCUUCAACGCCAACGACCCGUUUCACAGAGCAGACCAGUAUGCUGCGGAUCACCAAGGCAACGGUAACCUCAACAACGGCAACAACAACUGGCAGGACUCCCUCUUCCUAUUCGUGGCCAUCAUCUUCUUCUUCUGGCUGCUGAGCGUCUGACAACGGCUGGGACAGAGGACCCCGAAAAAUAAAAUAAAAUGGACUGGAGCCACUGACAUGCGUGCGUGCGCCCGCACACACACACACACACACACACGUUUUCAUUAUGUAACUUGAGAGAGUGCGGAGAGUCUAAUACUUACAGAAAACAAGAAAUACAGGUUUUCUCCUCCUUACAAAAUUAGAUCACUCUCCCCCGACACACACACACACACACACACACUCACUGUGUUAUUGUCGUUCAUGCAACACUCAAUCCCAAAUGAAGGUGGUCUGGGUCCACUCCUGUAGUUGUCUGCACACAGAGCCGGUCUAUGUUGACUGUUCAGUGACAGUAUUAAAUGUUCAGGGUGAGCUGUGACUUUCUGUUUAAAGCUGUAGAUGGAAAACAGGAAGAUCAUACUCAGUUUUGAUAAAAAAUAAAUAAAUAAAUAAACCUUAUUCCUCAAACGUGGAGGCUCUUAAUGGAGCAGAUAAGGGGAGCAGAAGCCGUGGGUAACAGACUAUCCACAACGGGGGGGGGGGGGAAUGAAAGAAACAACACAGUCGGUCGCAUUGUUUAUACGUUUGUCUUAAAAAAAACGCCAUUACACUGUGAGGUCACCUGUGGAUGGAGCUGUCCUUAACGUCACAGUUUGUUCUUGUGUCUUUAAGCCUUUCUUUCUGUUUUUCCCUGAAUGCAACACAAUUGUAUUUGGAAAAAUAUCAGUUUAAACCAUAAAGGUGCCACUCACAGAACCUUUGCAGAAUAAAUGAAAGUUCUUUGGACUUUUCCCCCCAAAAAACGUAGCGAUUAUGAGACACUUGUGUCACAGUUGACUUGUUUUGUUUUUCCUGUCUGUGUAUACAUAAUAUAUUUGUAUAUAUGAAUAUUGUAAAUGCUGUUUUUAUGUGUUUCUGAGUGACCAAUCAGCUAUGGGGAUCGCCGACACAUGGACGCCUUUUAUAAAGCUAAAAGUGAUCCAGAUCCUGUUUCUCCCACUGGAAGGAAAAUACCGUCCCUGUUGAUGUGAAUAAUGAGGGGGCGCUGAAGUUUCCUUUUGUACUGGACGAAUAACUGACACAAAAUAAGGCCCCGGCUUUAACUAGAUGUUUUGAACUAGAGCUGCACCGAUCAGGAUUUUUCUAACCAAUACCGAUUUCUGAUUUUUGUUUUUUCAAAAAUGUGCUUCAGGUUUUUGAAGGUAGUAGUUUUGAAUCCCAACAGAAAAUAAAGAUCAUCUUAAUUUAUACGAAAUUCUUAGUUUUUAAUGUUUUUAAUACAUUGGAGAAAAAAAAAACUGAAUUCAGUAUUUGACCUACUGAUUACCGGACAGAACCAGUGGACUGGUGCAUCUCUAGUUGAAGCAUAACCUGAACUUCUAUAACCUGUUUAAUCUGGAGCUUGAAUUUAAUCCAGCAGUUUUUCAACCAUGAAUCAGGUCUUGUAUGUUCACACCAGGUUCAGAAAUGAACAGGGUGUCCACCGCGGCUGGUUGUGUCUCGCGUCUUUGUUGGAGGGACACUUUGUAUCCCUAAUGUGACACUAAAACAAGUUAUUGAGGUUUCAAGAUGUGAAUCCUUUAAACAGACUAAACAUGGAGCCUGUUGUGCAAAACCAAAUGUUCUUGGAGAUUAAACUUGGUUAAAACA